AUGUCGAAGACAAACCUGUCAGUCAAGCCUAGUCAGACGGGCGAGCAGUUUGCUCGCAGAACGGCGUCGAGGCUGGAGCAGAUCCAGUUGCAGCUUGAUUCUUCCCCGCGUGGAACGCGACUUAAGGGCAAAGUCUGCGUAGUCACUGGCGUCGGAUCCCUGAUUGGCAUUGGACGGGCGUCGGCUAUCCAGUUCGCGCACGAAGGCGCUCAACAUCUGUAUCUCAUGGAUCUUGACGGUACGAACCUCCCGGCGUUGAAGUCUACCAUAGCGCAGAAGUACCCAGAUGUCAAGGUCACAGUGAUUCAGGUCGAUGCCGCCGACGAAGCAGCGAUCUCUGGCGUAUGCAAGCAAGCUCUGCGAGAGGAAGGACGCCUGGAUGUCUUCUUCGCGAAUGCAGGGAUUGCUACGCAGCUGCCAUUGGAAUCCUCCUCCGCCGAGGUGUUCAUGAACACGCUCAGGGUAAACACGUUAUCCUGUUUCCUAGCUUUGAAGUAUGCCUCUGAAGCUAUGAUGGAGACGAAUCCUUCCCGCGGCAAAGAACAUAGCGGCGGAAGCAUCAUCAUGACUGCGUCAGUCGCAGGCAUUCGUGCCGGGGCUGGUUCCGUUGACUAUAGCGCAAGCAAAGCCGCCGUGAACAACAUGGCGCAAACGGGUGCCCUCCAGCUCACGAGGACCGACGUCCGCGUCAACUCGAUCUGCCCUGGACUGAUCCAUACGGGGAUGACCGAUACCCUCUUCCAGAGCGCCCGACGGAGGAACUCUGAGAGUAAAAUUGGUCAAUUGAACCCGCUGGGAAGAUAUGCCCUCGCACAGGAGAUUGCAAAUGUUGCUACAUUCCUUGCUUCAGACCAGUCAAGCUACGUGAACGGUCAGAACUGGGCUGUAGACGGCGGCCUCUCGUGCAGUUUGCCUGUCGUACCGGGUAAAUUUGCUUAA